CUCUUUUGUCACCACCAUCUUUACAUUUAAACACAGCCGCUUUUUAAAAAUUUUUUUUGCAGGCUUCCCUCCACACCAGUGGGACAGGUUUUAGGAGCGAUAUUAGUGAAGCUUCAGAAAGCUGCUGGGCCGGUGGAGGUCAAACUGGCUGUCAACACCAGCACCGACUCACAAAUCCCUGUGGUGGACUCACAUGAGUCGCAGAUUAUUGUGGGAUUUGUUCUUCGUGCAGAGCUGCUGAUGUUCCUGCGUCACUGCGAGAGCGAGGCUCUGGAGAAACAUCUGGAUGAGGUCUGCUGCAUACACCCGACCUCUGUUCUGUUAUCACCUCACAACACUGUUCAAGAGGCCCACAGUAUCCUGAGUCUGGUUGGAGCUCAGACCUUGUUUGUCGCAGACAGGGGAAGGCUGCUCGGGCUGAUCACCUGGCCAGAGAUGAAGAGGAUAUUAGAAGACUUGGCCAAAGAAAUCUAAGCGACACACAAGAAAUAAGCUCAUCCCUUGACCUUUUACUUUUAAGUAAACAUGAAACCAUCUCAGUCUUGAUCAGCUGCAAUAUAAACCUGGCUCUGGUUAUGACAUCAGUUCUUCAAUAUCCUAGAUUAAAAAUAUUUGCCGACAAUCAUUACUGAGGAGUAGUCUCAGAGAAAAAACGUUUAUUACAGCUUUCUAUCUGGCAUUUUAUUAUAUUGCAAGAUCUCAUGCAGGAGAUAGCACAACCUGCACUGUGUGACACUGCAAUAUUAAAAGUGUGCCAAGCCAAUUAUAAUAGUGCUUUUCACACUGUGUGUCACUCUCUAGAAUUUACGCCCUAGCUAAGGUACCCAAAACACAAUUAACCCAGGUUAACCUAAACCCAGGGCUAUACAAUAAAGACUGCAUUUUCCUGGGUUUAAUGGCAGUUGUAACAUGUGAUCCUUUUUUAAAUUGUAGAAUUUUAAAGUAGCUUUUGUACUUUAGCUUUGUGUAACAAUGGCAACUUUAAGCCAGAUGAUUAUUGUGUUUCUUGGAAAAAAAAAACACAUCAAUGUUUUAAAGUCUGGUUGACUUUGGGAUUUGCCCGUGUGAAGGCUUUCUAAGACCAAGGAGAACAGCAUGUGUGAAAAGCCUGAAUAUGUGGGAUUGAAAACAAAAGCCGAAAAAAAAGUUUGUGCACCAAUUUACGCCAUGUAACCCUGCUGAUGUGUUAUUAAGAGAUUUUCCCCUCUUGCUUCAGCCCUUGGAUUCAAUUUAUUUCAGUCGUAGCUAAACCAUACACUCCAGCGCGUGCACCACGCUCUGUAUUGGCCAAUCGGCUAGCUGCCCCCUCACUGCGAGUGGGACCCAGGAAUCCCUGAACAAAAACAUGCCUGUAUGCUAUCCUGGCUCCAAAAUAGGAAAAAAUCUGUCUUCUGUACGUAACACUGUAUGUUCAGCUAUAUGAAAUAUAAUGACUUAAUACAUCUUUUUGCAGACCUUAGAAACUUUCUUUGAAAAAAGUCAACACAUACUGUAUUGCCUGGCAACGAAAAAAUCGAAAAAGUGUUAUCAACAUCAUGUUGUGAUGCAGGCAGUUCGA